AUGAGAUUGCGUUUUGGAGUGCUAUUAUGCGGACUUCUUGCAGCCGUGCAGAUGGCAAAAUGCAUAUACAUGACGCACGAAGAGAUGCUGGCGUGCCAGAACAAGGAGGUGGGCCACGUGGGCGGAAAGCCCGUGUAUGUGAACACGUGCUGGGGCGGGCACCCGGUGUGCAUAGCGCAGCUUUGCCGGCUGGGGUAUGUGUACAAAAUGCGGGCGCACUCGUGCAUGGUGAACACAAGCUUCAGUCUGGCGCCGGACAGGCGCUUAGACGAGCAUACAUAUACGAGAGAGCCGGAGAAGGACUGGCUGCAUUCGGGAAUGGCUGCUAGCGAUGGUGGAUACAGCGUGGAGUUUCACAGGGCGCUGCUGCAGAUGUUUGGGCUGCGGAAAUCUAGCGGGCCGGAGUACGACUGCCUGACAGUUGAGUGCGCGCGCGCAGGCUCUUUUAUUCAGUUCCUCCGGAUGGGCUGCAAGACGCAAACAGAUUCGCACUAUGUGCUGGCAGCGCUGCUGCUCCUGUGCGAGGACGUGAACGUGCCGAUUGAGCUGGCCAAAGACAGAGUGACUAUAAGAAAAAGAAAAGGCAGCAAGGACGUGUUGGUUGACGCCCGCAUGGGAGGGGAAGCUUUAGGCAGCAGAAAAUGGCAGGUUUCCGAGGCUUGGCAGGUAAUAAACUUCUUCAAGCAGUACAGAGACACACACAAGAUGCCGAGCACGUAUGAGGGCUUCCAAAAGGGCGGCUUUCUGGAGAGCCCGCAGCUCCUUAUUCUCACGUACAUCGGCGAGUAUGUGAAAAACGCCGAAGAGCUUAUGUCUGUGAUGGAGUGUGCGUUCAAGAUUGUGGAAGGCAUGGGACUGACUAAAAACUUUAAAUACCCGAGCAGCGUGGUCAACCGGCUUUUUGUGCCUGCGAGCGGUCUGCCUGAGGCCCAGGCGUAUCUUGCGCCGUUUCUAAAGGCAUUUCCUGCUUUAGCGGCCUUGGAGCGCUUUGAAGAGUUUAAAUGCUUUCAAAGAGGAGCAAGGUGGUCAAAUCAAACAAAAUAUGCCUCAGACGGGGAGGAGGAAUACAUGGACGACCGUGGCACAAACUGCAGGUUUAUUAGCGAGUGCCUGCUUUUGUCUUUUCUUGCGUUUGACUCCGAAAAAUAUGCGCACAGCCUGGAGGGCCUUCUGAGUGGGGCCGAGAACACGGAGGAGGUGGAGAAAACCAGGGCGUUUUUUGGUGAGCUGCAGACGUGCAUUGAAAAAAAGUGCUCCUCUUUGGGAUUUCCCAAUAACACACAAAAGAAGAGGUACAGGGACCUGUGGGUCAAGAUGAACACGCAGUUUAAGCGGGCGCUGGGGAAUGCUGCGCCGACAUUCCUAAACAAGAUGCGCGUGCUUGCGCAGAUGACGGGGCGGCCGCAGGCCGUGGUGGACAGGCUUACAGCACACCAAGCGACCAUGGACGCCAAAAGAAGCACAGAGUUGACCCCUGAGGCGAUUGAGUGCGUUCGGGCGCUGCUGUGCUCAAUAUCAGUAGACAAAGAUGUGAAGGUGACCAUUCAGAAGCAAAUGGAUCGCUCAGAGCCCAAAGGCUAUCUUUUUAUAGUAAAGCAUGCAAAAUUAUGCGCGUGCAUCGAGCAAAUUCUGGAUAUGUCGUUCUGUGAAAGCAGCUCCUCGAAGAUAUCUAUUUCGCUGCCAUGGUUUAGCGCUUCUGACAAAUUGCAGGAAAAGCUGGACGUGGAGCCCGCAAAAUACAGACAGCAUGGGCUGUUUUCAAGCUUUGUGCUUGCGGAAUGCAUGCACCAGAUGGCGAUAGGGGCAGUCGCGCGGAGCCUUUCAUACGCAACAACCAAAGAGCUGCGGGAGGCUGCGAGAAAGGCGGUCGAGCACAGCGCGGACCGGCCAAACCGGGUGCUUUUUUCGCUGCCGGCUGCAGGCGAGGACAUCAGAAAAGAGCUUGUAUCUGCGCUUGUGCUGUAUGCCGAGCAGAAGGAGAUUAUGCUGACUCCAGAACACCCAAUAAGCCGGCUGGCUGCAAAUGUGAUGGGAAGCAUCGACCUUGGCGACAUGGCAGCGCAGUGUAGGGUCUUGGGAGUGCCUGUGGUCACCGGGGCUCUGCAGAAAUUGUGUCCGACGGUGCAGCUAUCUGACCGAUUGCAUCGGGAGAUUUGGAGUUUGCAGAAAUUUGCCGACUAUGACGGGCUGUAUCCUGCAAAAGAGGCGCGCGUGCUUACACACCGAAGCAUGAUGCAGUAUUUCCGGGAAUACGCCGUGAGAACAGGCAAGCCGCUGUACAUGUGCGAGAUGCUGAAAGAUGCUGCUAAGAGGUGGUCAAUUCAGUGGAUGCGUCUAUCUGUGGACAAUCCGUGGAGAACGCUGGGAGAGAUCCGUGCGCUUUUGCGGGCAAAGCACACGGGGGAGGAUUUGCAGAGGGCUGAGGCUCUGAUUGCGCAGCUGCGGCAGGUCUGGGCGGAAUACUUCCAGUAG